AUGGAUUAAGAGUAUGAUUUAUAACUACAAGUAACACGGAGCAAAAAUAAUCAAAAAAGUUCUGUUCCUAGAUUUGCUUUUUAGAAUAAUCUAAAAGAUUUUGAUGAAUCUCUGAAGCAUUUAUCAUUACAAUAGACUAGAAUUACCUAAUUGCCAGAUGGAUUAUAGAAACUAAGAAAAUUGAUAUCUUUGAAUGUGAAUGACAAUUAUAUUAAAUAAUUGGAUUACAAUAUAUUAGAUGAAUUGAAGAAUUUAGAAAUAUUAUUACUAAGAAAUAAUCUAUUAUAGGAAUUCUAAUUUGUGAGAUUUAAGCAUGUAUAAUAAUUGGACAUAUCUCAAAAUCAUAUUAAAAAAAUAUCUAAUGAGAUAGGAGAAUUAUUGUAACUUGAUUAAUUAUUCAUUUCACAUAACAGCUUUGUUGAGAUUCCAAAAAGUAUUACAAAACUUAAAUGUAUAUAUAUUAAGUGCUUAAAGUAGAUACUUUGAAUGUAUUUCAAUUGGAUUGGUUUAAAUAUGGGGAUCCAGGAGUUUAAGAGUUAUUUUAAUCGUAAGAGUUAAUUUAUUAAUUAUUUCAUACAAUUGAAUUAUGUUGUACAGGUGAAAUGAUUUCAGCAAAAUAAUUAUUGAGUUCUAUUGCAUUUAAAUAAUUUGCAUUGAAAUAUCAAGAUAAAGACAUUUAAAUUUAAUAUAAAAUACAUUAAACAAUAUUAGAUGAAGAUAUUGGAAUGUUGAGAACAUUUUUAUCAGAAUCUAAAAAAUAUUAGAUUGAUGAAAUAAAUUAGGAAGAUUACUCACCAUUAGGAUUAUCAAUAUGGGAAGAGAAGUAUUUAGCAGCAAGAUAUUUAUUAUAUGCGAAUGCAGAUCCGAAUAAAGGAGCGUAUGUUUAUAUUUAAUAUAUAGUUCAUGGGCUAAGAGUUGUUUGAAUAUUGCUGUAUCUAAAUUAUAAUAUUAUUUAGUAUUUGAUUUGAUAAAGCGUAAUGUUGGAUUACAUGAAUUAGAUAUAUAUGGUAAUAAUAGUAUUCAUUACUUAUUUUGUGUAUAUUAAAUUAAUGAAGUUGAAGCAUAGAAGAUUUUAUAAUUACUAUUAAAAAAUGGUGUUAAUGGUAAUCAUAUUAACAAUGAUGGAUAUACUCCAAUCCAUUUAGCAGUAUCUAAAGGAUAUAUUUAAGUUAUUGAAUAUAUAUUCAAGUAGAAAGAAUAUAAAUUCAAUUUCAGAUAAAAAACAUAAAGAUAAAAACAUAAUUGUUUACAUCUAGCUGUUCUAACAAGAUAAAUUUAUAUUGUCAAAUUCUUCAUUUAUAAAUUCCCAGAAUUCAUAUUUCAAAAAGACUAUCAUGAUCUUAUUCCCAUUGAUUAUUUAAAAAAUGAUCUAACCAUUUAUAAAUACUUAAAAGGUUUUUAAAAAGUAGAGAUUCAACAUAUUCUCACUAAAAAUGAAAUAUUUUAUCAAUCUAAUUUAUCAGAAGAAUGUGAUGACAUUUUAUCAAUUAAAGUUUAAAGUCUAGCUUAAUUAGAUAACUUAGGAUUGGAAAAUAAGAUUCAUACAACUAGAAUUAAUGAAAUUACUAGAUAAAUUCCUUUAUCUCCUAAUAAUCUAAAACGAUUAGAAGAAAAGAAUACUUUAAUGAAUCCAAAAGACUCUCAAAGAAUCUAAUGUCAACUCUAUAAAGGAAUUAAAAAGAUUGCUUAUGAGUUUGAUAGAUUAUAAUAUAACAAUAUCGAAAACUUAUUGAAUUAAGAUCAUCUUUAAGAAUAAUUAGAUGAUCUAAUUUAAAUUAAGAAGCUCCUCUAUCAAUUAAAUUGUAUUAAGAACAUUAUUGAUUCUAAUGAAAUCUAUAAUAAAUAAUGGCACUUUCAAUUAAAAAGUCUUAAAUAUCAAAUUAAUAAAUAAGUGUAUAGUGAAAGGAAUCUUGAUGAUCAAAAAAAGGUUUCGAAUCAACUUUUACAAAUAUUCUUAGAAAUUAUUAAAAAAGUUGAAUAAUAAUUCAACAAAAAAGAGACAAUGAACAGUUAACUUCAAGAUUUCAUUUCAAAUCACUUUCUGUCGAUCCAUUCUGGAUUUGGAUUAGGUAAAUUGAUUGUCUUUUUGGAAUAGAUUCUUAAGGAAUCAAAUUCAGAUGUGAAUUUCCUUGAGCUUCUUUUUAUUAAGCAUUAACUUAAGAACUUAUCAGUUAAAUAUAAUAUUUUCAAUCAAAAAUAACUCAUGAAUAUAUUUACUAUUUGA